UUGAAUAAAUUGAAAGAAAAACAUGUCAAACUUCAGAGUAAUUUUCUAUUUAAUUUAUCAAAUGCAAUAAAAUUUGAAAUUAAGAGUUUUUUAAAUUAUUGUGCCCUACAAAAUGUGUGAUAAUUUAGAUCCGUCUAGAGUGCGAUGCGACGUGUGUCGUACAAUUAAUUUGGCUAACCACGUAAAACAAACAAAACCAAAUAUGCAAAUUUACGAGAAAUGCAGUCCCGCUCAGAAGGUUGAAUGCCCACGAGUUACAGAGCUUCCGUUGAGUCCAACAUGCAUUAAGGUUUGCAGUAGAGAGGAAUAUAAGUUACGCAAAAGUGGUAAAACCAUCACGCAUCGCGUUCCAUACUACGCACACGGGAAAUUGUUAUACGCUGUCAAGGCUGGCAUCCUGGUAGGAACGGUUUACUUCACUUACACGCAGGGAGUGUGGGGCGACCAACAAGACGUCACGGAGUGCAUUAAACGUUGGCAAGAAUACAUACGAAGUAUCAACACCCGACGCCCGCCUACUUUUGAUCAAUGUGGAAAGGUUAUUAGGAAAGAAUCGACCGAGAGCAUAGUAGCACCCAUUUAUAAUAUUUACAAAAGUUUAGUCACAACUUGUUUUUCUGGCGUUGCUAAGUUGCCACUUGUCGUUAAAUGUGCCUACAUCGACUACCUAGAAGCGUUGGAAAAGCGAAAAGAAGAGUUGGAGAAGGAGAGGAAAAUAAAAAAGUCGAGUCAAUGAAAACGUAAUUAUUUUAUGUUCUGAAUAUUUAUAUUAUGUUAUUUAAACAUGAAAACAGCAAAGAAAGCAUAGUUACAUACUUCUGAGAGUUCUCUUAUAUUCGUAUAAAAUUGUUAAACUUAACAUUAAUAAGUAAUUGUUAAAAUGCACCUUAUAAGUAUUGUUUGUUGAUUUUAUACAUUUUAUUAUAUUUUAAUAUAUUUAUAGCCCGAAUGUUUUUACAUUUAUAUUAAUAUUUUUAUUGCCCCAUUUUGUCAAUGUAUGUACCUAAAUAUAACGAUACAAUAUCUAAAA